UUCACAUUUUGAGUAUUGCUUGUUUAAUACCCUUAAACUUGACCUUGAGGUUUCAACAUCCACUACUAUUUCACUAGCUUCAUAUUUGAUGUACAAAUACUAAGCAAUUUUGAAUAUGUAAAAAUUGAAUCAUCAAAAAAGACGUGGGAAUUCCAAAAAAAUGAGGUCGGCUAUAUAAGAGAGCAAAAAUGUUUCCAAAGCAACUUGCUCAUCAACUUUGGGCAACUACUUUUGUGAAGGCUAAGCACACUUGACAGGAUGGACUCUGCACAACAUCUCCAUGGUUUCGUCCUGGCGCUGCUAGUAGUAUCGCUGUCAGCGUUGCUGGUUCGAGCUGCUCCUAUUGUAGAAUUUUCAGGAGACGAUUCUUCUGGAAGCUCUCGAACCAUCCCACUAUCAACGAACUGGGAAUCUUUAGCCGAGUGGCUGCACAGCGAAGUUUUAAAACUCAGGGACCAACAGUUCCGCGAUGUAUUUCAUUUACCUGUUAAUAAUAGCUCCUUCAGUUUGUACACAAUCAAGCUACCUCAGAUUACAGUAGCGGAUGGAUGUUUAUCAUUUGAAUUCAAGAAGGAACAUUGUUUAAGAACAAUCGCUAUGGGGCUUCAAGAAUAUCUGGAGUACAUGGAUUACGUGAAGGAUUCCUAUACCAGCGGGAAGGACGAUGUAGAAAAAGUACGACACACAAUACAAAAUCUGUCAGCUGAUGUCUUUCAAAGGAUGAAGAAUCCAAAAAGCUUCACCAAGUUAGAAAUUAACACAAAGGAUAUCCUCUCGCACAGCAGCGACAGUGAGUGGGGUCAGGCAGUGAAUGUACAUCUAAUUCUCAGGGAGUUCACCAAUUUCAUGGAGAAAACAUAUCUGGCUAUUCGCAACAUCAACGAGCGGAAAUCCAGAAAGAUAAUAUUUGUAUGAGCGUUUUAGUUCAAAGUGUUUGAGAUUAAUCUAUUUAAUACUAUAUUUAUUAAUGUAUGAUCUGCUAUUAUCAGUAGGUAAUAAGUUUGUUCUUUGUCGAGAACCCCCAAUAUUUAAUACUUCUACUGUAAUGCUUAUUUAUUAAA